GUCGAUAACAACAGAAUUACCAGAAAAAAAAAAAAAAAGCUUUAUUUAGCUUAUUUUCACAUAUUUAGCGAAGAAAAGUAGCCUUCAAAAUCUUGAUAAAUUGCUAAAUCUCUCUGAAAAUGGAUCUCAACCAGCCUCCUGGAGAGGAUUAUGCCAAUCCAAGGGUGUGCUUAUUUCACGUUCUCUUCAAGGCUACAUCUUUGGCAUUUUACAUACUUUCUGCACUGUUUAUUGAUAAUUUUGUCAUCAUUUUUGUGGUGACUGUUCUUCUUGCUGCUCUUGACUUUUGGGUGGUCAAGAAUGUGAGUGGACGUAUUUUAGUUGGUCUUAGGUGGUGGAAUGAAAUAGAUGAUAUGGGGGAGAGCGUAUGGAAAUUUGAAUCCCUUGAUCAAGAGUCAUUGGCCCGGCUGAACAAGAAGGAUUCAUGGUUGUUCUGGUGGACUCUUUACCUAACGGCUGUUGUCUGGUUAGUGCUUGGAAUUUUCUCACUCAUAAGGCUUCAAGCUGACUACUGCCUCAUUACUGGAGUUUGUUUGACUCUCAGUCUAGCGAACAUCAUUGGCUUCACUAAAUGCCGCAAAGAUGCCAGGAAGCAGAUUCAGCAGUUUGCAUCCCAAACCAUUGCUUCUCAAGUCUCUUCUACUAUUCAGUCAGCAUUCAGUGUUGUGUGAAUCGUACAGGAAAAUGGGCAACGAGUGGAAGAUGUGCAGCGCAAGGUUUUACAGAGUUGAGAAGUGGUGGUGGCUCUGCACAAACUAGCUUAUUCUUUGGACUGGCGUAUGUAGGAAGUUUUGAUAUUUAUGAUUUAAAAUCUCAUAAAUCAAGAUUUUGUUAUGUCCUUAAAUUGUUACCAUUAUUGUUAUUGAACAUUUGAGAAGAAGAGGAUGAUUGCAGAAUGUGUACUAAGGGGAAAAAAGGUCCUUUAGAAAAAUUAAGAGCACUAAAAAUUUUCUUCCCAUUCCUCAGAAAAAAAAUGUAGUAAAAUAUAAUUAAAUAAAGUAUUAAUUGUAAAAUGUAAAAAUACUUUAUGUGAAUAAUGAAAAUAAAUA